AUGCCCCAUGCUCGGAGCGCGACGCCAGUGCCCAACCUUCGGCAGAGCUACCUGCCCCAGCAGGCGCACGUGCCUUGCCACUAUGCCCAGAAGCUCAAGCAGCAGUUGCAAGUGAAGCAACAGAUGGUGAGGCAAAUGGAGCCUUUUCGCAAGGUCAAAGGACAGUGGGUCGACUACUGGAGCGAGUACCACCAGUGCUGGAUUCCAGCGUCCAUUCUGGAUGUGGAUCCAGAGUCUGGUGGAGUCGUGCUGGAUGUCAAGCCAAGCACAGCUCUUCGCCUGCAUGACCAGUGGAAGGUCCGAUGCCGGCGGAUGCCGAGCCCAGAGCAAGUGUCGGCGGUUCACCAUUUGCUGGCCAACGUGCAGCUGGAGGAGCAGGCAGAGAGGUUCUUUCGGGAAGUUGGCUAUGGCAAGGGCGAUGUGAUCCAGAGCGCUGAAGAAGUGACGGUGCUGGGGGAGAAGGUGAACAACUUGGUUGGCCUGCUUGGAUGCCAGGUUCACUUAAAGGUGAAGCUACAGGCACAGAAUGGCUUGUCGUUCGAUGACUUCCGAUCGAUCUUCGCAGACAUCGCUCACCUUCAGCAAGACAUGUCUGUGCAGGCCUUGCAAAAGGACAUAGCAGAGACAGCUGUCUCGGGGACGCCUGACUCCAAGUAUGAGAUGUGUGAGACACUGGGAAAGGGCACCUAUGGCGAGGUCAUCAAGGCGCGCGACCGACAAACCAGGCAAGUGCGAGCUAUCAAGGUCAUUAACAAAGAGAAGGUGCAUGGAGACAUGGAGUUUCUGAAGCAAGAAAUCCAAAACCUGAUCCAGUUGGACCAUCCUCACGUGCUCAAGCUUCUGGAGUUCUACAACAGCCAUGAUCGUGUCUUCCUUGUCACCGACUACUGCGCCCGCGGCGAGCUGCACAAGCACAUCAGUGAUGCCAACAAGUCCAGAAAGCCCAUCCCACAGGUUUGGAUCGCCCAUGUGAUGAAGCAGGUGCUUUCUGCUAUCACUCACAUCCAUGCCAAUGGAAUCAUACACUUGGACAUCAAGUCGCAAAAUAUCAUGCUCAUGCCGGCCCUGGAGACCAAAGUGCAGUUCGUCCAAGCUGAUCACCAGGCGGUUUGCUCCAACAAUAUUUUCAAGGAGCUGCCGCACGUCAUGGUGAUUGAUCUGGGUGUGGCAACCAUCUUUCAGCCAGGGAAUUUCAAGCGCGGCACCCCGAUGGGGACACCGUCCACCAUGGCGCCGGAAAUUUGGCGCGGAGAGAUAACGCCAAAGGCUGACGUCUUCAGCUGCGGUUGCGUGCUGUUUGAAAUGUUGAGCUUUCAGAUGCCGUGGGACUUCAAGUAUCGUGGGAACAAGCAGGACGCGCGGCAGUUCUGGGAUGCCAGGCCGAAGCCGCACAUGGAGCGCGUGCUCCAAGCGCCUGCUGAUGCACAGACCAUGAUUCUCAAGAUGUUGGAGCAGGAUCGGGCGACGAGACUCAGUGCUGCAGAUGCUCUUCGAGAGCCUUUUGUGCAGUUGGCCUCUGAUGGUAUCCCGGUCACGAAGAUGGAGAAAGGCCUGAACUUGGUCAUCCGCUUGGUCACCACCUGUGAUCGGGACGCCUUUUACAAGCUCAUCUGCCUGAAGAUCGCUCAGGAGUGGCCUCCGAAUGAGAUGCCGUCCUUCAAAGGGGUUUUCAAUGAGUUUGACGAUGAGGGUACUGGCAUGCUGCAAGAGUCAGCCUUGGUCCGAAAGUUCGUGAGCUGCGGCUUCGAGGAGCAGCAAGCCAAGCGCGCAGCGGCAUCCAUGAACCUGAGCCAGAACAAGAAUGCCGUGGACUGGACAGAAUUUGUGGCAGCCUGCAUUGAUUUGGGCAACCCAAAGCUAGAGCCGUGCAUCCAGAUGAUUUUUCUGAACGCGGACAAGGAUGGAGAUGGCCUGCUCUCUCUCCAAGAUAUCCAGUCCAUGCUUCCGGAGGCUCAUCGCAAUGCCAGAGAGGCGGCCCAGGCAAUUUUCUUGCAGAUCACUGGCCGUGCGUCAGAGUCCGGUGGGGCGCGAAUGGACUGGCACUCCUUCGUCACAUAUCUUCGAAGGCAAGCACGAGCUGGCAUGCCCGAGGAGCCGAGCAUCGAGGCAGAGCCUGAAGAGAAGGCGCCGCCCGACAUCAUCAGCAAUGUGACAGAUGCGCUCCGCGCAACAGCAGACGAGUGGAUCAGCAGCCUCAGCAGUGUGGGUCAGAACCUCUUCGGUGGCAAGGCCGAGCGCGGGCAAGGCGGAAGACUCAGAGGCGACGAUGCGGUUUUGCAGUCCUUGAAGGAGAUGGGUUACUGCGAGGAAGCAAUCAACGUCAAGGUGCUCAAGUGGUGUAGGCAGCACAGUCUCACGGAUUUGCAGUCGGAUGAUCGCUUCUACCUGGAGCUGGACAGGCUUCGAGAUGGCAAGGCCGCUCAGGAUUCCUUCAGCUUCAAUGUGUUUGACAAUGCCCGCAGCUUCGUGCAGCCUUUCAACUUGGUGGAUGGAGUGCAGGAGAAGGCUUCCACCAUGGAAGCAGGCCUUGCGCUGCAGCAGGAAGUCGAGCGGCUCAAGGCGCAAGGCAGUGAUGAGUUUCGCUUGGGCGAGUUUCAGGCAGCCUUUGAGUGCUACGCUUUGGCUCUGCAAAGCCUUGAGAGGUGGGCCUUCGUCGAUUCUGCCUUGGUGUCAACGUUGGCAUCGAACCAGGCCCUGUGCCUUCUGAAGCUGGAGCAAUUCCAGGGAGCUGAGGAACGAGCCUCCGCAGCACUGGCUGCGGAUGGGUCCAACAGCAAGGCUGCCUACCGCCGGGGCCUGGCGCGCCUGAAACUGGGCGAGGCUCGAGGUGCCGCAGAGGACCUUCAGAAGGCCCUGAGGCUUGACCCGAACUCCGAGAUUCGGCGGAAGCUUGCAGAGGCAAAGCAGCUGAUGGCGCCUCCUGAGCAGGAGGAGCUUGCGGUGGCAGCAGCCGCUGCCAGCGCUCUUGGAAAGGAUGGCGGGCUGUACAGCACCAAACACGACUUGAAUGAGGGUAGAUUAGCCGAGUCCUACAAGGAGCAGAGAGAAUGGGUGAAGUCCAUUGACUCGUGGAAAGAGAUCACGGAGAUCUCCUUUGCAGAGGAGGAGAACAAGAACUGUAUUUCAAUUUACAUGUCUUUGCCUGGCAUCCAUGAAAUUGCGCCCAACAAGGUGUGCGUGUGGAUGACGGCCAGCACGUUGGAGGUCCGCAUCGUCGACCUUCAGGGUGCCAACUGGUGCUACGUGGCGCAGGAGUUAUGGGGGCACAUAAACCCAGAGAAAUCCACGUGGAAGAUCCGCAAAGACAAGCUCUCCCUGAAGCUUGACAAGCGGGCCGCCCGAAGCUUUGACCGCUGGGAGAAGCUUCGACGAAUCUGA